AUGUUUCCGUACCAAACUCCUCCUGAUGGCUUCGCGAAUCGGUGCUACUCUGUCAACGCUGGACAACAAAAUCUGCAGCCGUACACCUAUUCUCCUUUGGUAGAUCCUUCGCUGCAACGACGCAGCUCUAGCUCCAGACGGCCCCGGGCAAAAUUCAGCUGCCAGAACUGCCACAACAGAAAAGUGCGAUGCGACAUCUCGGUCAAGAACGACAACCUGUCCGACGCAACCUCCCUCGUCCCGUGCACCAAUUGCAAGCUGAACGGCACAGCGUGCCAGGCUUUCGAACGCAAAAAAAUGUACGACACAAAGAGGAAAAGACAGCAGUCCGCGCAGGGCCUGCUGCGUUCCACCAGCGGCAAGGGAGCCUCAGACUUGCAGAAAAAUGCCGAAUUUGCUCCUGAAAUAUUUCUCGCUGCCAAUUUGGACUCGAUCGCCCUGAAACCACAUAAUUCAUCGGACAACCGGCUCUCGAAGAUAGUCACCCGCAAGCUGUGUCCCGACCCUAUUUUUCUCGACGACUACUAUGGCAGAACGAGUCCAAACGUGAUCGCCAGCGAGCAGAUAAGGCUCGACGGAAUAAAAAGCGACACGCUGAAGGUGCCACCUCUGGAGGUGUGCUGGCUGCUGAUCGACCGUUUUUUCGACAAACUCAACUACCAGCUGCCCAUCGUCAACCGCGAGGCUUUCUACGAGCAGAACCAGAACCUGCGCACGCCGUCGUCUGCGUUGCUUCUGCUUGCCAUUCUAUUUGCCGGCUCAAGGGACAUCGACAGCGACCGUUGGUCCCCUGCGCAGCUCCAGCAGCAACAAAUCAUCACCCAGCGUCUUUUCCACAAGGCCCGACUCGCCUACGAGAGCGAGAUCGAGACAGAGCCGUUAUGCAUCGUCCAGACCCUCGUCAUCUUCAGCUGUCACGCCCCGCACUACACCAGUAGGGACGCGUUCUACUGGAUCGAGCUUGCGCUCUUCACUGCUGAGCAGUAUGGCUUCCACGUUUCCGGCAGCCCGGAGCUGCGCGUCGUCUGGUGGAUCGCGUACACCCAGUACCAUCUGCUGCAUCUGGCUCACGUGUCCAAACCCAACCACCAGCCAAUCCAGCCUGUCGCAGAGGCCGAUCUCAAGCUCUACGGGCUGGACCAGCUGCAGCGUGAGUACCUAGUGGUGCUGAUGCGCAUGUGCACAAUGCUCUCGCAGGCAUGGACAAUUCCCCCCGACGACAGCACGGCCAUGAAGAUCGACAGCCUGUGGGCCGAGUGGUUCCACGGGCUACCGAAAAGCCUGAUUUAUCGCAUCGACUCGCGGGCCGCCAAGUCGGUCCUGUGUCUGGUGAUCAACAUGGUGCACCAGGCGUUCUUAAUAAUCAACCACCGAGCCAAUGUUAGACGGCUGACUUGCGACGGGCCCGUGGCCGCGGACUAUUUCCCGUCGUGGGCCGUCACCAUCAAAAGUGCCUAUCUGAUCUCUGCCACCGCGCAGAAUCUGGCCGACAUCAACGAGCUGCGUCACUUCCUCGGCAUCUUACCGCAGCUGCUGUACAUAUCGUGUCUUGGAUAUCUUCUGCACAUCAACAGCAAGGACCUCAGAGCCAGAGAUAUCGCGCGCAACAAAAUCAACUUCAACCUCCACUAUCUCGACAGCUUGAGCUAUAAGUGGCCUGUUGCCAAUCAGCUCGGAUACCAGAUACGAAGACGUCUGGAGCUACGAUACGUUCAGCCUCAGAUCCAGAUCCGCUCGACUCCCAGCGAGACCUUUGACACCGUCCAGCUGUACCACUGUUUCCUGUCCAAAUCUAGAACUUCCAUCCCUAAUUUGAUUCAGUCCCAGGAGUCUGAAAGCGACGACUUUGUUUACUUAUCGAAGAAGUUUGAGCUGGGAGACGUCUUCUGGAACCCGCAAAUGGACACCAGCCCUGGUAUCGAGCUUAAGAAUCAACGUCGGGUUCCAAAUGACCACCUCUCCUUCGUGUUUUGGUGA